GCCGGUAACGACCCUCGAUAUCGACUACACCCAGUGAUGGGUUCGAAGAUAUGUUCAGAUAAAGAGUACAAUGCAGCAAAAAUUUUGUCCUCAGCUUUAGCUCGGACGGUAAUUCCAAUAGUUUGUGUAUCAUCAGAUUGGGUCUCCGGGUGUUGUAUCGUCUUCGUCGUCGUUGUCCUGAACGGAAGAUAGGUACUAACCUUGUGCACAUCACAUCGUGUCGCUAUGUCGGGCUUCUCAGCUCAUCGAACGAGGUG